AUGUCACACAAAAGAUCCCGCACGACAUACGAAGCAGACCUUCCUGCCGAGGGUUCUCUAUUCGUUCUAAUUGGCACGCCUCUACCUCCACCCAACGACUAUGUACCCGACAAUGGCUCAUAUAUUCCUCUUCAUAAACAGGAGGUAAGAGAUGAGCAAGGCCGACGGCGACUCCACGGCGCAUUCACCGGAGGCUGGAGUGCAGGAUACUAUAAUACAGUCGGAUCUAAGGAAGGAUGGACUCCUGGAACGUUUGUCUCGAGUCGAAGUGCUCGUCACAAGGAUAUUCCUGGGGCCCAGCCACAACGACCGGAGGACUUCAUGGACGACGAGGACCGCGAAGCAGCGCUAGAAGACGAGAAGAUACAACUGUCCGAAGCGUUCACUGCCAGCGCAGUGGGGGGGAACGCAAGAGCUUUUGGCAGAGGACUGUCGGAUCUGAUAUCUCAUGGGGACGCUUCAUUAGGCCUCGGCUUACUGAUGAAGAUGGGGUGGAGGGAAGGUCAAGGUAUCGGACCUAAGGUGCGUCGCCCAGCACGACUGCACGAUACCGAAGCCCUCAGCACGCACGUGCCAGAAUCGCACCUUUUUGCGCCUGAUGACGUUGCCGUCGUGGGUGUCAUCCGCAAGAUCGACCACCACGGCCUCGGAUAUGGAGCCAUGUCCGCUCAUUGCACGCACGAGCCCGCCGGCUUUACUCGCCGAAUGAGUGAGGAAGAUGUGCUCAACCUCGACGGUUUUGGGAUGACGGGGUCCAGCCGCUCCCUGAUGGCUGGCAGGUCUAAGGACACAAAAGGCCAGGGUGGUGGCAUGGGGUUCGGUAUGCUCAAUGAUAACGGUUCUGAUGAUGAUGAUGGCUAUCAGAUGGCACCUAAGAUUUCUCGAACUAGGACUCUGACGGGCUUGAAGAAGAGGAAGAAAAAGAAGUUGUCGUCAGGUACAGUCUUGGCAAACCCGGCCCUUGGCUCUAAGCCAGCAUUCAAGUCACAAUCGACAAUACUCAAGCAAAGGGAUGGCCGACUUUGUCGAGAUGGUUCAUCACCACUCCCGGGGUUUGUGCUGGGCAACAUAUCGGUUUCUUCCGAAUCCUUCGGUUCUUCCGUUACAGCCUCUGAUCUCCCAUCUGUCCCCCAAGGAUGGAGAUCAUCUAAGCACCAGUCAUGUGAGGCAGGUGAGGCUCCGGCUGGCAUGCUUAACGUACUUUCAAGUGCACGGAACUCAACUCCCCACAACCCCCGGUCUCGUGCUCUUGCUCUAGGGGAGGCUCCGUUGCCGGGGAAGUCCAUAUUCGACUUCCUGUCUAACGCAGCCCGCGAGCGCCUCGUGGCAGCCUCGGGUCGAACAAAUCUACCACCCGCUGGUGGCGAAGCCCUACUGGCUCAAAGCAGCAAAGACUGUCACGAAGGCUCUAACACGCGUCGGGGGCUUCCAGUGUUAGACAAGGAGACGGCCGUCAUUGCCAUCGAAAGGGGCAAAAGUGCUCGGGGGCCAUAUGCGGAUGACGAAGCAAAACAGUCACGAUACAGAGCGUACCUGACACAUUCUGCGGGCUUGAUCUCUGAUUAUCCAGCGAAGCCUGACUCGCUGAGCUGGAGAGAGUUCGCUCAAGAGCAAGAGGAGUUUUACGGCUGUGCUCAGUUAUUCAGACCCAUGACAGGCAUCAUGGCAACACGAUUUACAACAUCUACUCACACCCAUAUGUCGUCCGAUUCCAUGAAUACGGUCGAAUCUGGCAGACGGUCAUCGUUACCCAACGAUUCUCAACCGCUGGAUGGUGCAGAACAAGCAGCUCAAUUGGGACUCUAUGGGCAGCUGACAAGAUCGGAGCAGGAUUUCUUCCCCACCAGACUUCUUUGCAAAAGGUUCAACGUGCCAUUUCGAGACCCCAACCCUGUUAGCCUCGAACCGUCGCAGGCUCGACCUACUGUCACCCUGUCAUCUCUAGACACAGGGCAGUUUCUAGAUGAUCGCAAAGAGGAACUACUGAGCACUGAGAACAUUAACAGACUCCUGUCAGCGGGACCUUCUGAGCCUACCAGCAACUGUGGCUCUUCACUUCAGGCACUUGGGACCACGGCUGUGGCAGCGGCAGCGGCAGGCCUGAACAGUGAUGCUCGAUUCGGCACAAAGGAGUCGUUGGCUCUCGACACAAGACGGGCUCCCAUCCGUUCAAAGCUGAAAUUGUGUUGCAAUCCCGCUACACAUAGUCAACGACGGCCCGUCCCUCUCCAUCCAAGCAUCACCAUCGAGCCCAUCGAAGAUCUGGAUUCUUUCAACUCGCGACCAGUCAACCGGACAAGCUCCCCGCCUCCCCAGUAUCGGGUGCCUGUGGCGUCUUCCUCCUCCUCCAGGCCGCCCCUUUUUUCAUCCAUUUACGCCUGUCGUGAAACCGACAACUUACGGACGAACACUGUAGACUUCUCGAGUCAUCCUACAGAAACAUCUCUCGCUGAAGGUUUCUCGGCGGCUCCGGCCUACGUGUCUACAGGGUUGCAUUCGACAGACCCUCAAAUCGACCGGCCCUUCUCCCACGAAGCACCUGCAGAGACAACCAAGCGAGCGCUUCAUCUACCAGAUACACCACGGGACGUCUGCUCGAAGUACGACGAAACCGAACCGCCACCCGCUUACUCGGAGGGACCCAGUCCCCUCCCGUCUUUCACGUUCGUGAUGGCGACUGCCGGGGGUGCAUCGAGCAUUAUUACCCAGGUGCAGCAGGGCGGACCGCCCGUCAACGCUAUCGGAGAUGUUGGUGCGGACGAGACUAUCACGAUGGAUCUCCGAGGCACAAGAUUCGUUUUGUCUCGAGAUGAGCUUCUGACUUUGCCAGAGUUUGUUCUACUAUCCUUGUUCCCCAAUGGACUAUUCCCAGAGGGGCAAAUGGGUGGGUUUGCAGAUGGGGAUGCUGUCCAGGUUGAUUAUGAUCCUGUAUCGCUGCAGUACAUGCUGGACUUCUUUCGCAAUGUGGCCCAAUCAAUUCCCAUGGAAUCGUCGCCCAAUGCUUCGCAGGAUGGCGACGCUGUGCCUCUUGAGCCAUUGGGAUCCCGAGACGACGCUUCUCGGCGGGCUGGAAUCAUAGUCUUGCGAGAAGACCUCGACUUUUAUGUCAUUCCUCCUCGUCCGGAUGUCGGGCAACUUGAGAUGAUCGAGAUCAAAAGAGCCGCUGCCAAGGCGUUACUGAGUCAGGGGGGGAUCUUCUCUGGGCUGAAGCGGAGCGAUGAGCCGGGUACGACCGAGGCCCACCUUAUUGAGAUGCUGACAGCUGGCGGGUUUAAUCAUGAUGAUUCAUGGGGUCACCGGGCGGGAGAGCCCAACAAGGCGGUGGUAUGCAGCCUUGCUCUGGCACGCCUGCGUAGUGACAUCAGGGGCAGUGAGAUGGGCAGCAACGCGGUUGGUAUGGCUCAGAAACUCCUCCUUUUUUGGCGGAAACCUGCUAGGAGGUGCUGGUGGGAAGGUGUCGAGCUUGAGGAUGUUGAGGGUGUCGAGGGAAAGCUCAAGGUGUGGAUCAGGCGUGUCUGGACCCUGGAAAUGAGUGUUAUUGGCCUUCGUUGAACCACGAUAGAGGGGGACUACCAAUCGUGGUCCGCCUCAGUUCCUUCUUUUGUUGCUAGCGAUAAGCUUUCUGUUGGACAGGUGAGAGAGGGCGGCGGGAGGUUUCAGUAUGGACGAGGAAAGACGAUCGUCGAUAAUGUAUCUACAAAUGUCCGUGGUUGUAUUGCACCUGCUGCACUACAAUGCCGUGUGGGUGAGGCGCAAGCGGCGUCUACGAGCACCAUGAUUGCUAUUCUUG